ACCAUGGAGAGCUGCCGGGCGCUGGCGCUGUGCGCCGUGGCGGCCGCGCUGCUGCUGAGCGCCCGUGGGCACGGACCGACCCCGACGCGCCGCGCCCGCGACCUGGGAGCGCCCGGCGGCGGCGGCGCCUCCCGGGAGAAGGAGCUGAUCGAGGCGCUGCAGGAGGUGCUGGAGAAGCUCAAGAGCAAGAGGGGACCGCACUACGAGAAGAAGUUCGGGCAGGUGCCCAUGUGCGACGCCGGGGAGCAGUGCGCCGUGAGGAAGGGGGCUCGCAUCGGGAAGCUCUGCGACUGCCCCCGAGGGACGUCGUGCAAUUCCUUCCUCCUCAAGUGCCUGUAAGCAGAGGCGCCCCGGGACAAGCCGCCGGGAGCGCAGGCACUGACGUCUGGCCGCCUCGACGUGCCGGCGACUUCCCGCAGCUCCUCCGCCCGAGAAACGCAGCGAGAAGCCUCCGCGCCGCCCGUGUAACGCCGUCCGUGAC